AUGUUCACCCUCACAGAAGUAGCUUCUCUGAAUGACAUCCAACCAACCUACAGGAUUCUGAAACCAUGGUGGGAUGUCUUUAUGGAUUAUCUCGGUAUUGUCAUGCUGAUGCUGGCUAUAUUUUCUGGAACCAUGCAGCUAACCAAAGACCAAGUGGUAUGUCUUCCUAUCUUGGAGCAGACUUCAGAGGGUUCUGGAGGUUUCUAUGGAACCCAACCACCAGACCCAGCUGAUAGUUUCUGGAACAAAGAAAAUUCAAUUGGGGAGCAAGCCGCUCCUCUAAUGGCUAAAAGGCCUCCUAACAGUGUCUCUCCUACAAUUCACCUCCCCCAGUCUCCUGCUUUUGGGCAGCCCCAGCCUUCAAAUGUCAGGACCAAGCUGGAUUUUCAGCAAUAUGUUUUUGUCAACCAGAUGUGCUAUCAUGUUGCUCUUCCAUGGUAUUCCAAAUACUUCCCAUACCUUGCUCUAAUUCAUACUAUUGUAUUAAUGGUUAGUAGCAAUUUCUGGUUCAAAUACCCAAAGACAAGUUCAAAAGUAGAACAUUUUGUCUCCAUUCUUGGAAAAUGUUUUGAGUCCCCCUGGACUACCAAAGCUCUGUCUGAGACUGCUUGUGAGGACUCAGAAGAGAACAAGCAGAGGCUGGCUGGUGCAUCCUCUCUCCUUAAACAUCUGUCCACGUGCAGCGAGGAGGGCAGUCCAAACCAGUCGGCCCAAAUCUUGUCUAAAUCUGGUGUUGCCUUUUCUGCUGAAAAGCUUGUAAGUGAAAUUCCCUCCAUGACCAUACUGGACAAAAAAGAUGGUGAACAAGCAAAGGCUUUGUUUGAGAAAGUCCGGAAAUUCCGUGUCCAUGUGGAAGACAGUGACUUGAUUUACCGUCUUUAUGCUAUUCAGACAGUCAUCAAAACUGUAAAAUUUAUUUUGAUCUUGUCUUACACAACAACAUUUGUGGCAUCUAUCAACUUUAAUCAUGUGUGUGAACCCGAAAUAAAGCAUUUGACAGGAUAUGUCAAGUUCCACUGCACACAUAAUAUGGCUUUUAUGUUAAAAAAGCUUCUCAUCUGUUAUAUUGUGCUUAUAUGUGUUUAUGGUGUUAUCUGCAUUUACACACUGUUCUGGCUCUUUCGGCGACCUCUGAAGGAGUAUUCCUUUGAAAAAGUGAGAGAGGAGAGCAGUUUCAGUGACAUUCCUGAUGUUAAAAAUGAUUUUGCAUUUCUCCUCCACAUGGUUGACCAAUACGACCAGUUGUAUUCAAAGCGCUUUGGGGUUUUUCUUUCUGAGGUGAGUGAAAACAAACUUCGGGAGAUCAGCCUUAACCAUGAGUGGACCUAUGAGAAGUUGCGACAGCAUGUGACCCGCAAUCCACAAGAAAAGUUGGACCUUCAUCUUUUUAUGCUGUCUGGUGUACCGGAUGCUGUGUUUGACCUCACGGACCUGGAUAUUCUGAAAUUAGAAUUAAUCCCAGAGGCCAAGUUGACACCUAAGAUCUCACAAAUGAUCAACCUUCAGGAGUUGCACCUUUACCACUGUCCAGCCAAAGUUGAGCAGAAUGCUUUCAUUUUUCUCUGUGAUCACCUCCGGUGCCUGCAUGUCAAAUUCACAGAUGUUGCUGAGAUUCCUAGCUGGGUAUACUUGUUGAAAAAUCUGCGGGAGUUGUAUUUAGUUGGUAACCUGAAUUCUGAGAACAACAAGCUGAUUGGACUUGAGUCUCUGCGUGAUCUCAGGCACUUAAAGGUUUUGCAUCUGAAAAGCAACCUCACUAAGAUCCCAUCAAACAUAACGGAUCUGUCGCCACAUCUGCUCAGACUGCUUAUUCACAAUGAUGGCACGAAGCUUGUAGUGCUAAACACUUUGAAAAAAAUGAUUAAUCUUGCAGAGCUGGAGCUUCAUAACUGUGAGUUGGAACGAAUACCCCACGCAAUUUUCAGUUUGAACAACCUUCAGGAGCUUGAUCUGAAGUCCAACAACAUUCGGACCAUAGAGGAGGUCAUCAGCUUUCAGCACCUCAAAAGACUAAUUUGCCUCAAACUUUGGUACAACAAAAUUAUCAGUAUACCAUUGUCUAUCAGUCAAGUCAAAAACCUAGAGUCGCUUCAUUUCUCACACAACAAGCUAGAAUCUCUGCCCUUAUCAUUAUUUGCUCUUCUCAAGUUGAGAUACCUGGAUCUUAGCCAUAAUUCCAUAGCGAUAAUACCACCAGAAGUAGGCUUUCUGCAAAAUCUCCAACACUUUAACAUUGCAGGCAACAAGGUUGAGGUAGUCCCAAAGCAACUGUUCAAGUGCACAAUGCUAAGAAUCUUAUGCCUCAGCCACAACUGCAUCACCUCCAUUCCAGAGAAAAUUUGCUACCUCUCGCAGCUCACACACCUGGAAUUGAAGGGAAACUGUCUGGAUCGUCUCCCAGUUCAGCUUGGUCACUGCAGCCUCCUCCGCAGGAGCUGCCUGGUAGUAGAAGACCAUCUCUUUGACUCGCUCCCUAUAGAAGUCAAAGAAAAGAUAAAUCAGGAAGCUAGCGUUUCCUUUUCAAAUGGAUGUAAAUGUCAAAGUGAAGGACGGUAG